AGGGGAGGGCAGCAGUGCUGGCUGGACAGCCGCUCUGGGCAGGAGAGAGAGGGAGAGACAAGACACACACACAGAGACGGCGAGGAAGGAAAAUAUCCAGAGGGACGCCCAGAGCGAGACUCGGAGCCAGACAGAGGAAGAGGGGACGUGUGUUUGCAGACUGGCUGGGCCCAUGACCCCAGCUUCCCGAGUCCUCCGUGCAGGUGGCAGCUGUACCGGGCUGGCAGGCCACUGAGAGUGAGCAGCUGGGCCCCAGAACUGUGCCUGGCCCAGUGGGCAGCAGGAGCUCCUGACUUGGGACCAUGGUGAUUCUUCAGCAGGGGGACUAUGUGUGGAUGGACCUGAGAUCGGGGCAGGAGUUUGAUGUGCCCAUCGGGGCAGUGGUGAAGCUCUGCGACUCUGGGCAGAUCCAGGUGGUGGACGACGAAGGCAAUGAACACUGGAUCUCCCCGCAGAACGCAACGCACAUCAAGCCUAUGCACCCCACGUCGGUCCACGGCGUGGAGGAUAUGAUCCGCCUAGGGGACCUCAACGAGGCGGGCAUCUUGCGCAACCUGCUUAUCCGCUACCGGGACCACCUCAUCUACACGUAUACGGGCUCCAUCCUGGUGGCCGUGAACCCCUACCAGCUGCUCUCCAUCUACUCACCAGAGCACAUCCGCCAGUAUACCAACAAGAAGAUUGGGGAGAUGCCCCCCCACAUCUUUGCCAUUGCUGACAACUGCUACUUCAACAUGAAACGCAAUAGCCGUGACCAGUGCUGCAUCAUCAGUGGGGAAUCUGGGGCUGGGAAGACGGAGAGCACAAAGCUGAUCCUGCAGUUCCUGGCAGCCAUCAGUGGGCAACACUCAUGGAUUGAGCAGCAGGUCUUGGAGGCCACCCCCAUUCUGGAAGCAUUCGGGAAUGCCAAGACCAUCCGCAACGAUAACUCAAGCCGUUUCGGAAAGUACAUCGACAUCCACUUCAACAAGCGGGGCGCCAUCGAGGGCGCCAAGAUUGAGCAGUACCUGCUGGAGAAGUCGCGCGUCUGUCGCCAGGCCCCAGAUGAAAGGAACUACCACGUGUUCUACUGCAUGCUGGAGGGCAUGAGUGAAGAUCAGAAGAAGAAGCUGGGCUUGGGCCAGGCCUCUGACUACAACUACUUGGCCAUGGGUAACUGCAUAACCUGUGAGGGCCGGGUGGACAGCCAGGAGUACGCCAACAUCCGUUCCGCCAUGAAGGUGCUCAUGUUCACUGACACCGAGAACUGGGAGAUCUCGAAGCUCCUGGCCGCCAUCCUGCACCUGGGCAACCUGCAGUAUGAGGCCCGCACAUUUGAAAAUCUGGAUGCCUGUGAGGUCCUCUUCUCGCCGUCGCUGGCCACAGCUGCAUCCCUGCUUGAGGUGAAUCCCCCAGACCUGAUGAGCUGCCUGACCAGCCGCACCCUCAUCACCCGUGGGGAGACGGUGUCCACCCCACUGAGCAGGGAGCAGGCACUGGACGUACGCGACGCCUUCGUCAAGGGAAUCUACGGGCGGCUGUUCGUGUGGAUUGUGGACAAGAUCAAUGCUGCAAUUUACAAGCCUCCCUCCCAGGAUGUGAAGAACUCUCGCAGGUCCAUCGGCCUCCUGGACAUCUUUGGGUUUGAGAACUUUGCUGUGAACAGCUUCGAGCAGCUCUGCAUCAACUUUGCCAAUGAGCACCUGCAGCAGUUCUUUGUGAGACACGUGUUCAAGCUGGAGCAGGAGGAGUAUGACCUGGAGAGCAUCGACUGGCUGCACAUCGAGUUCACCGACAACCAGGACGCCCUGGACAUGAUCGCCAACAAGCCCAUGAAUAUCAUCUCCCUCAUCGAUGAGGAGAGCAAGUUCCCCAAGGGCACGGACACCACUAUGUUACACAAGCUGAACUCCCAGCACAAGCUCAACGCGAACUACAUUCCCCCCAAGAACAACCACGAGACCCAGUUUGGCAUCAACCAUUUUGCAGGUGUCGUCUACUAUGAGACCCAAGGCUUCCUGGAGAAGAACCGAGACACCCUGCAUGGGGACAUUAUCCAACUGGUCCACUCCUCCAGGAACAAGUUCAUCAAGCAGAUAUUCCAGGCCGACGUCGCCAUGGGCGCCGAGACCAGGAAGCGCUCGCCCACACUCAGCAGCCAGUUCAAGCGGUCGCUGGAGCUGCUGAUGCGCACGCUGGGUGCCUGCCAGCCCUUCUUUGUGCGAUGCAUCAAGCCCAAUGAGUUCAAGAAGCCCAUGCUGUUUGACCGGCACCUGUGUGUGCGCCAGCUGCGGUACUCAGGGAUGAUGGAGACCAUCCGAAUCCGCCGAGCUGGCUACCCCAUCCGCUACAGCUUCGUGGAGUUCGUGGAGCGGUACCGCGUGCUGCUGCCGGGUGUGAAGCCAGCCUACAAGCAGGGUGACCUUCGCGGGACGUGCCAGCGCAUGGCUGAGACUGUGCUGGGCACCCACGAUGACUGGCAGAUAGGCAAAACCAAGAUCUUUCUGAAGGACCACCAUGACAUGCUGCUGGAAGUGGAGCGGGACAAAGCCAUCACUGACAGAGUCAUCCUCCUCCAGAAGGUCAUCCGGGGGUUCAAAGACAGGUCUAACUUCCUGAAGCUGAAGAACGCUGCCACGCUGAUCCAGAGGCACUGGCGGGGUCACAACUGCAGGAAGAACUACGGGCUGAUGCGUCUGGGCUUCCUGCGGCUGCAGGCUCUACACCGCUCCCGGAAGCUGCACCAGCAGUACCGCCUGGCCCGCCAGCGCAUCAUCCAGUUCCAGGCCCGCUGCCGCGCUUAUCUGGUGCGCAAGGCCUUCCGCCACCGCCUCUGGGCUGUGCUUACCGUGCAGGCCUAUGCCCGGGGCAUGAUCGCCCGCAGGCUGCACCAACGCCUCAGGGCUGAGUACCUGUGGCGCCUCGAGGCUGAGAAAAUGCGGCUGGCAGAGGAAGAGAAGCUCCGGAAGGAGAUGAGUGCCAAGAAGGCCAAGGAGGAGGCGGAGCGCAAGCAUCAGGAACGCCUGGCCCAGCUGGCUCGUGAGGACGCCGAGCGGGAACUGAAGGAGAAGGAGGCUGCUCGGCGGAAGAAGGAGCUCCUAGAGCAGAUGGAAAGGGCCCGCCACGAGCCCGUCAAUCACUCAGACAUGGUGGACAAGAUGUUUGGCUUCCUGGGGACUUCAGGUGGCCUGCCAGGCCAGGAGGGCCAGGCACCUAGUGGCUUUGAGGACCUGGAGCGAGGGCGGAGGGAGAUGGUGGAGGAGGACCUGGAUGCAGCCCUGCCCCUGCCUGAUGAGGAUGAGGAGGACCUCUCUGAGUAUAAAUUUGCCAAGUUUGCUGCCACCUACUUCCAGGGGACAACCACGCACUCCUACACCCGGCGGCCACUCAAACAGCCACUGCUCUACCAUGAUGACGAGGGUGACCAGCUGGCAGCCCUGGCGGUCUGGAUCACCAUCCUCCGCUUCAUGGGGGACCUCCCGGAGCCCAAGUACCACACAGCCAUGAGUGACGGCAGCGAGAAGAUCCCUGUGAUGACCAAGAUUUACGAGACCCUGGGCAAGAAGACGUACAAGAGGGAGCUGCAGGCCCUGCAGGGCGAGGGUGAGGCCCAGCUCCCUGAGGGCCAGAAGAGGAGCAGUGUGAGACACAAGCUGGUGCAUUUGACUCUGAAAAAGAAGUCCAAGCUCACAGAGGAGGUGACCAAGAGGCUGCAUGACGGGGAGUCCACGGUCCAGGGCAACAGCAUGCUGGAGGACCGGCCCACCUCCAACCUGGAGAAGCUGCACUUCAUCAUCGGCAAUGGCAUCCUGCGGCCAGCUCUCCGGGAUGAGAUCUACUGCCAGAUCAGCAAGCAGCUGACCCACAACCCCUCCAAGAGCAGCUAUGCCCGGGGCUGGAUUCUCGUGUCUCUCUGCGUGGGCUGUUUCGCCCCCUCCGAGAAGUUUGUCAAGUACCUGCGGAACUUCAUCCAUGGGGGCCCGCCCGGCUACGCCCCGUACUGUGAGGAGCGUCUGAGGAGGACCUUUGUCAAUGGGACACGGACACAGCCGCCCAGCUGGCUGGAGCUGCAGGCCACCAAGUCCAAGAAGCCAAUCAUGCUGCCCGUGACAUUCAUGGACGGGACCACCAAGACCCUGCUGACAGACUCGGCAACCACGGCCAAGGAGCUCUGCAAUGCGCUGGCCGACAAGAUCUCUCUCAAGGACCGCUUCGGGUUCUCCCUCUACAUUGCCCUGUUUGACAAGCAACAUCAUGCUCAGCAGAGGGGCCCCCGCCCACAAGCCCAGGGGAGGUACCAUGUUGCUGGACACAGUUUGCCUGGAUGUUUCUCACCGAUGCUCCUGUGUUUCCAGGUAUCCUCCCUGGGCAGCGGCAGCGACCAUGUCAUGGACGCCAUCUCCCAGUGCGAGCAGUAUGCCAAGGAGCAGGGUGCCCAGGAGCGCAACGCCCCCUGGAGGCUCUUCUUCCGCAAAGAGGUCUUCACACCCUGGCACAGCCCCUCUGAGGACAACGUGGCCACCAACCUUAUCUACCAGCAGGUGGUGCGAGGAGUCAAGUUUGGGGAGUACAGGUGUGAGAAGGAGGACGACCUGGCUGAGCUGGCCUCCCAGCAGUACUUUGUGGACUAUGGCUCUGAGAUGAUCCUGGAGCGCCUCCUGAACCUCGUACCCACCUACAUCCCCGACCGCGAGAUCACGCCCCUGAAGACGCUGGAGAAGUGGGCCCAGUUGGCCAUUGCCGCCCACAAGAAGGGGAUUUAUGCCCAGAGGAGAACUGAUGCCCAGAAGGUCAAAGAGGAUGUGGUCAAUUAUGCCCGUUUUAAGUGGCCCUUACUCUUCUCCAGGUUUUAUGAAGCCUACAAAUUCUCAGGCCCCAGCCUCCCCAAGAACGAUGUGAUCGUGGCUGUCAACUGGACGGGCGUGUACUUUGUGGACGAGCAGGAGCAGGUACUUCUGGAGCUGUCCUUCCCAGAGAUCAUGGCCGUGUCCAGCAGCAGGGGAGCGAAAACGACAGCCCCCAGCUUCACACUGGCCACCAUCAAGGGGGACGAAUACACCUUCACCUCCAGCAAUGCUGAGGACAUUCGUGACCUGGUGGUCACCUUCCUAGAGGGGCUCCGGAAGAGAUCUAAGUAUGUUGUGGCCCUGCAGGAUAACCCCAACCCCGCGGGCGAGGAGUCAGGCUUCCUCAGCUUUGCCAAGGGAGACCUCAUCAUCUUGGACCACGACACGGGUGAGCAGGUCAUGAACUCGGGCUGGGCCAACGGCAUCAAUGAGAGGACCAAGCAGCGUGGGGACUUCCCCACCGACUGUGUGUACGUCAUGCCCACUGUCACCAUGCCACCGCGGGAGAUUGUGGCCCUGGUCACCAUGACUCCCGACCAGCGGCAGGACGUCGUCCGGCUCUUGCAGCUGCGAACGGCAGAGCCUGAGGUGCGUGCCAAGCCCUACACGCUGGAGGAGUUCUCCUACGACUACUUCAGGCCCCCACCCAAGCACACGCUGAGCCGCGUCAUGGUGUCCAAGGCCCGAGGCAAGGACCGGCUAUGGAGCCACACGCGGGAGCCGCUCAAGCAGGCGCUGCUCAAGAAGCUCCUGGGCAGUGAGGAGCUCUCGCAGGAGGCCUGCCUGGCCUUCAUUGCUGUGCUCAAGUACAUGGGCGACUACCCAUCCAAGAGGACACGCUCUGUCAACGAGCUCACCGACCAGAUCUUUGAGGGUCCCCUGAAAGCCGAGCCCCUGAAGGAUGAGGCGUACGUGCAGAUCCUGAAGCAGCUGACCGACAACCACAUCAGGUACAGCGAGGAGCGAGGUUGGGAGCUGCUCUGGCUGUGCACGGGCCUCUUCCCACCCAGCAACAUCCUCCUGCCCCACGUGCAGCGCUUCCUGCAGUCCCGAAAGCACUGCCCACUAGCCAUCGACUGCCUGCAGCGGCUCCAGAAAGCCCUGAGAAAUGGGUCCCGGAAGUACCCUCCACACCUGGUGGAGGUGGAGGCCAUCCAGCACAAGACCACCCAGAUUUUCCACAAGGUCUACUUCCCUGACGACACUGACGAGGCCUUCGAAGUGGAGUCCAGCACCAAGGCCAAGGACUUCUGCCAGAACAUCGCCACCAGGCUGCUCCUCAAGUCCUCAGAGGGAUUCAGCCUCUUUGUCAAAAUUGCAGACAAGGUCAUCAGCGUGCCUGAGAAUGACUUCUUCUUCGACUUUGUUCGACACUUGACAGACUGGAUAAAGAAAGCUCGGCCCAUCAAGGACGGUGUUCUUCAUGAAGAAGCUGUGGACCACCACGGUGCCAGGGAAGGACCCCAUGGCCGAUUCCAUCUUCCACUAUUACCAGGGUGGUCGUCCUGCUUUCCAGAUUCCCCCAGUGGCUUCCCCUUGCUCUUAGGGCGUAACCCCCGUCCUGACCGUGGCCCUGCCGGGUGGUACCACUACCUGCUCCUGCUGCCUUGCCUUGUACCUGGCUCUCCUUCGGCUCAGCUGGAUUGUUUCCACUUCUCAAGUGUGCCACGGGGCCGUCGUAAUGUUGGGAUGCUCUUCCCUCACCUACUGAGCUUUUAGAUGUCAAUCAGCCAUCUUAUCUUAAAGGAAGUCUGCCCUGCCCUCAAGCCUAGAUUAGGUCACCUUGUUAUAUUCUCUUAUGGCACUGUGAACAAUUCCUUCGAAGGUUGUCAUUAUGUGUCUGUUUGGUAUGAUUUUUAAUGUCUGUCCUUGCCCUGAGACUCCAAGUUCCAUGGGAGUAGGGAGGGUAGGCAUUGUUGCUUAAAGGGCCUGGCUCAUAGAUGUUCAAUGCAUACUUGUUGGAUUGAUGAAUGGGGAAUAGGUAAACCGGUGACUCAGGGAACAUAUAGGUGGGAGGAUGAAUGCUGAGUGAAUUGAUGGGUGGAUAUUGGUGAGUGAAUGGGUGAGUAGGUAGGUGAGUGGGUGGAUGGGUGGGUAGAUGGAUGGACAGGUAGGGAGAUGGAUGGAGGUAGGUGUGUAGGUACAUAGACCCAUAACCACAUGGAUGGGUGGAUAGGAUAGCUAAUGAUUGACUCAGGUCUCUGAUUGACAGUAUGUCCUCAGGUCAGCCUCAGUUUCUCUACCUUUCAAAUCGUGCAUGAGAUGAUCAUAAGGCUCCAGGAGUCUGUGGGCAGCCCCAGCCCUUCAGAGGCUUCGUCUCUGCCCUGGGCUGAUUCCCCAGCAUAAGUUCCUCGGGUUUGGGGUCUGGAAGUUCAAGGGGGUGUGAGGGCCUCUGUUGCUGUUGCUGCUGCUGCUAAAAGCAGCUGGUCUCAAGAGAACCCAGUGCAAGGAGGCCAGACUGAGAGGCUCUUCCAAAGGAGAAUGGGCCCAGGAGGUGACAAGUAUAGAACAGUCUCAGGGUUGCCAGCUGGUCACUCUGAGUUUCUUCAUCUUGAAAUGGGGCUGCUCAUCUCACUGGACUGUUACAGGGGGAUAUGAGGUAACUGACAAGGCCAUGCGCUCCAACUGCCGAGUGCUGAGUCUGUGCAGGCAGACUUGCUCUGUCCCUGUCCUGUGCCAUCUCCCCUGGGGGAGCAGUGUCAGCUGAGGCUGGAAAGGUGGGUGGGCCCAUGUGCGGGGUAAGGUGGUAGACCCUGGCCUUGGGGAUCUUGGUGUGGUAGGAAAAGAGCCCACUUCUGCCAGGUCCCUGCACGCCUGUGACCUGCUCUGUCU